AUGCCCUUCCGACAGUUCUCUAUCGCCAUUGCACACGCCCUGUUCCCUUGCGCCUCUGUUUCUAUCAAAUAUGGAAAGAGCUCAUUUAUCUACAACCUCGCUGCAAGCCUGAUAUGUUACCAACUGCUCUCUCGUCACCGGCCACUUGUCAUUGGUCAUGUCCUGAAGAGGCUUUUCGAGCAGUUCCCCCCUACCACACUCUUCCCGAACCUUUGCGAAUUGCAUUUAGAGGCCGUGUUCGGUCUUCUGGAGCGUAGUUCAAAAUUCUGGCUACUUCGGCAGUUCAUUUCGCCUGGAUUGCAAGCGCUCUGGUUUGAUGUAACUGGCAUCCCGACACAUGAGGUAGAGCAAUUGUUUACUACUCUGCCCGCAGAAGCACAUGGCCUGCGCCAAUUAUCAGUAUCGGCGGGCAAUGGUACCACGGCUUUGACAGUCCCCCCGAGUCUUGGAAAGCUGCCAAAGUUGAUUAGACUGGCCAUUUUCGGAAUCGAUGUAUCUUUGACGAGGCAGACAAUAGCCAAUAUCCAGCAAGCACGAUGUCUUCAAAGCCUCAAGCUUAAAUUGUGCGGAACCUCCUGCGAUGCGGGCGGUAUACCCCUUGAAUUGCCUAGUCUCAAAACCCUCUAUCUCUCCGAUGGUUCCUUGCCACAGUGCACGCACUUCCUUCGUCAAGUCACCACCCGACAACUAUCACACAUCAAUAUCAGCUAUCGCGGAUCUGCCAGCCCGGCCGAAGUCACCGCGUUCGUGGAAUCCUUGUCGACGUCAUGCCAAACUUUUGAACAUUUGGAACGGAUCUAUGUGGUCGACAAAUCAGAACAUCCUGAUUAUCUGCUCGUCAUCCCACUCCACUCCGAAAGCUUCCGGCCAUUGUUCAAGUUCAAGAGGCUGUCGUCUGUUAAAUUCAUUGGCAUUGGAAAUUUCGAACUUGACGAUAGGUUCCUCAAUGAUAUCCCAGUUGCCUGGCCGAGUAUUCAGGAAUUGAAGUUCAUCUCCUGGAAGAGACGUGCCUUUUAUAGCGUCACCUUCACCACCAUGAUGUCACUGGCGUCAAGGUGCAGAUCGCUGCGUACCUUACAUCUGACGGUCGAUGCUACGCAACCGACGACGAUUCCUCGAGCACCGGAUGGGACCGAGGAGCUUUGGGCCUACGCAAACCACCCUACGCAACCUGCAUCUUGGAUACUCCCGGGUGUCGGAAGUUGCACGCGUACCAUAUUUCCUGGCCGAGGUAUUUCCAACUCUAUGGGAUUUCAAAUUCUACGAGCUUUACUUGAGGAAUUGCGCUGCCGAUAUUGA